AAUGAGUCUAAAUUUGCAGCAACCAAUUCUUCUGACUGGAUUAAUAAAAACAAAUGGAAAAGAAUUUUUGUGGACCGAUAAAACAUCUGUAGAUUUCUACAAUUGGGGAUAUGGUGAGCCAAAUUCUCAGCCGGCGCCGGCAAACUGUGUAUUUAUGGAAAAAGUGAUUUUUAUUGUAAAAUUCUUUUCUUCACUCUGUAAUGGAUUUUUGCGGCAUUGCAAAUUAAACAUAAGUGAAGAAUUAUGGGCAGAGCACUGCCAACAAGUUACUCAAAGUUUAAUUGUGGUAGAAGGACGUUUAGAAGUCGACGACAUUUUCACACUGUUUCAAGAAAAACUAGAUUCUGACUCAGGCUUUAAAAGGGAGCAGUUUACUGGUCCAGUGCAACUGGCAUCAUCAGAACCUUUUCCUUUACAAUUAGCUUUACGAAUGAAAUUAGUCAGCAGAUGCACGCUAAACGACAUUCUUUUAACUGUGGCAACCGGUUCAAUUCGAAAACAAAUGCAACUAAAUGGCAGCUGGAACCCUACAGAGAUACAAGCAGCUGUUCCUAUUGAUAUCAGAAACUCUUCUAAAAACGAAACUGCGUGGGUAAAUGUUGCCUUACCUACCGACAUAGAAGGUGUUAUUCCACGUUUGUGGAAAAUAAAGCAUAGAAUGGAAAAACUGAAAAACUCUUCAACAGCGAAUCUGUCUUUUUUCUCUUGUAAGGUUCUAAACGCUUUGCUGCCAAAGUCAACUUUUUUUGCUUUAAGAUCAAGUUGGUUUGGAAAAUGCUCUUGUUUAAUCGCAAACGUUCCUGGUCCAACGCAAUGCGUGGAUAUAAAGAAUCAUCCAGUUAGGAUGAUCAUUGGCUGGUCGCCUUUACUUGUUAACAUUCCAUUUACAUUAACAUUCACAGUUUACCACGAUGCUAUAAGAAUGGUUUGUUUGACUAACGGUAAAUGCCCUGCUAACCCGAGCAUUCUAACUGAUUAUUUCACAUCUGAAAUGAAUACUUUGGGACGAUUACUUGCAAAUCGGAAAGUGCCGGGCGAGAAGAGGUCUUCUUUGAGCCAACAGCAACUUCACAGCCAAAUCUUUAGAUGGCCAAAUGAAAGAUCUUUAGAAGAGAUAAAGAAGGCGGUUCUGGACGUUCAAAAGCAAUUGCAAGAUAUAAAAAAUGGAGAACAGUCAUCUGAUAUUGAAAAUAAAGUUGAGUAUUUAAAAGAACAAUUUAAAGAACUCAUAUCAGAAAUGCGCCGUCGAAAAGAAAACGAUGAUGACGAAGCGGAUGAUAAUGACGGAGAAUUGAGACGUUCAUCAUUUCGCGGGAGAGCGACUUCAGGUGUUUCGAGAGGUUCAGUUAUAUCAAUUAUUAGUGUAGGUAGGGCAAGAACAUCUGCAAUAGACUAG